UGCAAAUUCCGUUCCACCACAUUUAUUUCCCGACGUUUCAUACACAACAUAUGUAUAUACAUGGAGUUUAAGAUGGAUGGGUAUGAAAUGCUGUUUUUAUUUCUUGGAUUCGUUUUCAUCUCGGUGCAGGCCGUUCCUGCUCCUGGUCGAGGCGCAUUGAAAGGAUACUGUAUAACGAGCGAUGACUGUAAGAAGGGCGAGUGUUGCAUCAGCUUCAAUGGCAAAAGCGUUGCCCUCUCCCCCGACCUCCGAAAGUUCGUCGACGGAAAAUGCGAGCAGUUGGGCUCCGUCGGAGACAGCACCUGUGGGGAGAGGGAAUGUUCCCAAUCGGAUGAUUGCCAGAAAGACGAGUGUUGUGUAAGCAAGUUCCGACGCAGAGGCAAGCGCUCCCUCGACAGCACUAACCAACCGGGAACCUGCAAACCCAUGGGGACCUAUAACUCAAACUGCCUGGUGUCUAAUGGUUCCGGGCGACCCAAGGGCGUGGCGGAGCUCCACUGUCCGUGCAGCAACUCUCUAACAUGCCUUGGCAUUGGCAUCAGAGACAUCCCGCUCGGGGAGCUUGGCAAGUGUAGCUCCCGCCGCCCUUUCGGAGGAUACAACUGAUCCUGAGGCUGGGACCCAACACGUGAUUGUAAACUUUUGUGAAAACAUAUGGUAGUUUUGUAUAGCGGUAUCAUUAUACCAUUAUAAUAUUAACCUUUGUCGAUCUCACAUGUUUUUCUCCAUCAUUUCCCUUUAUAGUAAUAAAACUACCUAAAUUAUAUUAUUUAAAUGAAAUUAACAAUUAAAGAAAAGCUCUCACGGAAAUCUUUCUCAGUUUACGCAAUAAUUAAUCAUGAAAAUGAAUAUAAAAUGACAAUACGUUGAAAACGCUGUGAUGUUCAUGGAAGUGUUGCCAAUCUAUCAGUUGACAACAGUACUCGUCGAUUUGUGUUCUUCAGACCUUCCAAAUUUCGAAGUUAGCAAUACAAAAACCACUAGACGUUCUAAUCCUGCUAGUGUUAAAAUGAAUAUAUGCAACUCUUUUUUUCGAUAUCAUAUUAAUUCGUAUUUCAAGAGAUAUAACUGCAAAUAAAUCCAACGACUAGCUCUUAGAUGUUGUGACAGUUUCUUCAUGGAUGAUCAAAGUAGUCCAACGGCAAAGGUGCAGGGUACCAGUAAAACUGAGGUCUAAUGACAUCACAUCAAACCUGACUAAAUAUUGUAAACUUCCUUACGCGUUGUAUGCUAUUACAAUACUAAUUCAUUAUGUUGUUUCUGUUCAACUUAUUAUUUUCGUUUAAUUUGAUACUAUUGCCCUUGCUAAUAAA